CGCCAUAUCAGCUCCUUUAAAGCUUUGUCAACACCGUACGAUCGCGCACAGAGUAACCCCUCGUCAUUAUGUCUGCGCUUCUGUCUUGUUGGCCUAAUUUCAAUUUGCAGAAGCAACAAAAUGGUUUAACAAUGUAAUUCGAGUCAAGUACUGCUUGUUGAAAUUAAUCUAUAAUGUGUGUGUGUGCGUGUGUGUUUAGAUAACUCACUAAUGCAUAAGGCUAUAAAACCGUGGGCGGUCAAGAUUGUUGCGUCCAACAAUAGCAAAAAAAAAGAAAACAAAUACGGUUUGAUAUAAAUGCGAUCUAGAUUUGUUGGGUGGUUGUUGGCGCUUAUGCGCUAUAAAAGCGGUAAGGCUUUUCAGCAUAGUGCCCAGUUUUUCUUCGAUAUCCGUGCAGAAGUAUUGGCGUGUGUGGAGAGAAUUCUCGAUUUCGUUUUUAUAUAGUAAAGGAAAACAUGAUGAGCAGAACUACGUCAUAUUUAUUAGCUGUCACGUCUUUGGUUAUAUGUGGAUUAACACAGGAAGUGCGUGCUGGAGCCUGCAUUAUUCCACAACCAUUGAGGGGACAAACAGUCAAUAUGGUACGUGUGGAUGAUGAUGCUUUACCCUCCGAUGUAGUCUUACCCCGACCACGGCUUGACGGACGUAUUGUUGGCGGUUACGAAGUGAACAUUACAGAUGCGCCACAUCAGAUUUCUCUGCAGACAAGUGGUGGGCACAUAUGUGGAGGCUCUAUUAUAGCGCCCCGCUGGGUGCUCACAGCCGCUCAUUGCACUGAUGGGAAAAAUGCCCAACAACUAAAGGUGCGCAUUGGCUCCUCGGAAGCCUCCAGUGGUGGGCAAUUGCUACGUGUCAAAGAGAUUGUUCAACAUGAAAAGUUCAAUUUCUCCAAUGUGGACUAUGAUUUUUCGUUGCUGCGUCUUGAAAAAGAAAUUCAAUUUUCGGAGAAUAAAAAGUCGGUUAAGUUACCUGAAGAGAGUAACGAAUUCAUGGAUGGCGAUAUUUGUUAUGUGACCGGUUGGGGUAAUACGCAAAAUGCGAGCGAAUCACGUCAGUGGUUGCGACAAGCCGAGGUGCCACUUUUCAAUCAAGAUCUCUGCUCCGAGAAGUACAAAAAAUUUGGCGGUGUUACUGAGCGUAUGAUUUGCGCCGGUUAUCUGGAAGGUGGUAAAGAUGCCUGCCAGGGCGAUUCAGGUGGUCCGCUAAUUAGCAAAGAUGGUGUGCUGGUGGGUGUGGUGUCGUGGGGUUAUGGCUGCGCCAAACCCGAUUAUCCUGGUGUGUAUUCUCGUGUCCAAUACGCGCGCGAGUGGGUGCGACAACAUAGUGGAGCGUAGCUUGUUUAUGGCAAGGGCAUAUGCAUUCUAAAUCAUUUCAAAGAGAGGAUUUAGUUUAAUUGUUAUGAUUAA